UGCCUCAGGGUGUCUGGGAGGACGGCGCUCCAGACACGCCCCCUGUCCCCAGCAGCUCCCCCUCUGCCCAGUGCUGUCCUAGAAGGCAGACAUUGGCCCGUGGCCACCUGCCAAGUGGGGCCGGGACCCGGGACCGGGGGAAAGGGCCUCGGAGGCGGCCUGAGGGCCCUCAGAGACUGCCGCCGCGGCCACUCCCUUAGACUCUGGACGUGCGGGGACCGGGGGCGCUCUGCCUACGCCGUAUAAGAAGCGGGCGCAGGGCCCCGCAGCGAGGCCGGAGGAGGGCUCGGGGCUCGGCCGCGCAGGGGCGCCCCCACCGGCGGCGGCUCGGCGACAUGGGCCGCUACUCCGGCAAGACGUGCCGGCUGCUCUUCAUGCUGGUGCUCACCGUCGCCUUCUUCGUGGCCGAGCUGGUCUCGGGCUACCUGGGCAACUCCAUCGCGCUGCUGUCCGACUCCUUCAACAUGCUGUCCGACCUGAUCUCGCUGUGCGUGGGGCUGGGCGCCGGCUACGUGGCGCGGCGGCCCCGCGAGGGCCUGGGGGCCACCUACGGCUACGCGCGCGCCGAGGUGCUGGGCGCGCUGAGCAACGCCGUUUUCCUCACGGCGCUCUGCUUCACCAUCACCGUGGAGGCCGUGCUGCGCCUGGCGCGGCCCGAGCGCAUCGACGACCCGGAGCUGGUGCUCAUCGUCGGCGCGCUGGGGCUGGCCGUCAACGUGCUGGGGCUGCUCAUCUUCCAGGACUGCGCCGCCUGGCUCUCCUGCUGCGGCCCCCGCCGCGGCCGCCCGCCGCCGCCGCCGCCGCCGCCGCCGCCGCGCGAGCAGCCCCAGCCGCCGGCCGAGGGCCGCUCCCCGCGCGCGAUCGCGGGCCCCCGCCGGCCGUCCGCCGCCACCCGCGGCGUGGCCGCGGCGGAAAGCAAGGAGGAGCAGGGGGCGACCGUGUUCUCCAACGUAGCAGGUGAUUCUCUGAACACCCAGAAUGAACCAGAAGAGACUAUGAAAAAGGAGAAGAAGUCUGAAGCCCUGAAUAUCAGAGGUGUACUUUUGCAUGUGAUGGGCGAUGCCCUGGGAUCGGUGGUCGUGGUGGUCACGGCCAUCAUAUUCUACAUGCGUCCCCUGCAACAUGAGGACCCGUGUAACUGGCAGUGCUACAUCGACCCCAGCCUGACUAUCGUCAUGGUCAUCAUCAUUUUGUCAUCUGCCUUCCCACUCAUCAAGGAGACUGCUGCCAUUCUGCUGCAGAUGGUCCCCAGAGGAGUUAACAUGGAAGAGCUGAUGAGUAAACUCUCCGCCGUGCCCGGGAUUAGCAGUGUACAUGAAGUGCACAUCUGGGAACUUAUAAGCGGAAAGAUCAUCGCCACCCUGCACAUCAAGUAUCAGAGGGACAGGGGCUAUCAGGACGCCAGUAGGAAAAUUCGAGAAAUCUUCCACAGUGUGGGAAUCCACAAUGUGACCAUCCAGUUUGAGCAGGUGGACUUGAAGGACCCCGUGGAGCCGAAGGACUCGCUGUUGCUCUGCAGCUCACCCUGCAUCUCCAAGGGCUGUGAGAAGCAGCUGUGCUGCCCCCCGGGGGCCCUGCCUCUGGCCCACGUCAACGGCUGUGCGGAGCACAACGGCUGUCCCCCCCUAGACACCUACCCAAGUGAUAGCUUCGGUAGGCAGGAAGCAACACAAGUGGCUAUUGAAGUAUCUUUGGACAGCUGCCUGAGUGACCACGGACAAGCUCUUAGCAAAACUCAGGAGGACCAACAUUAUGUCAACAGCACACAUUUUUAAUCUGGUCCCCACAUGAACAGACUGCGUAGAUGAGGCGCUCUGGCUUGUGGAAGGACCUCUGUGGGCUGUAGACACUGAUCAAACUGGCGGUGUGCUCGCUCCGUGUUCAACAAGUGGCUGGUUGUCUGGGAUGUUAAUUGCAUGUGUCUGUUAAUUUCUGUGUGACCGA